CAAAACAAAACCGAAUUUCAAGUUUAACAAAAUCAGAUUAGUUCAAAUCAAUUUACCUUGAAGGUGGAGCCAUGAGCCAAAUAGCUCCUAUUUCCAAAUGGCGCACCUCAGCCAGCGUAAUUCUGGUGGCCAGCGAUGGCGGAACAAGCGACGAUUACAAGUUGCUAAUGCUUAAGCGCAGCGAUGCCACGGCUAUGGUGGUCAACCAGACCGUAUUCCCCGGCGGGCUUCUGGACUCGGAGGCCGAUGAGAGUGUGGCCUGGCUGCAGUACCUCGAGGAGUUCGGUGUCCCGCAGGAGGAGCUUCGCCGCCUGGUGCUGAUUCGGGACGAUCGUCCUGCCAUUUUGGCACCACAGGGCACCGGCUGUUAUGAUCGCUUCUUCAAGCGCUCCCGCAUUUGGUCGAGGGAGAUUAUACUGCGCCUCACCGCCGUGCGCGAGAGCUUUGAGGAAGUCGGAGUGCUGCUGGCCCGCAAUCAGAAGCAGCUGGAUUUUGGUGCGGUGGCCUGCGUUCAGGAUGUGCCUGAUCUUGAGGCGUGGCAGCGAAGGGUGCACGACAAGCCCAGCGAGUUCUUGACCCUAUGUCGUCAGUUGAAAGUGGUCCCGGAUCUUUGGGCUCUGCACGAGUGGUCUGCCUGGUCAAGUCCUGGGUUUCUGCGAAAGGGGUAUGAAACGGUUUUUUUUAUAGCUUUUGUAGAUAAACAGCCCAAACUGCUGAAUGAGCCCGGCGAGGUCAAAGAGACGAUGUGGCUGACACCGCUGGACUUGCUGCGACUAAACGAACUGGGUGAGGUUUGGUUUCUACCUCCUCAGGUCUACGAACUGUUGCGCCUUAUGGGUAUCAAGGAGUACUUGCGUUUAUUGGAUUUUGCCAUCAAGCGAGGAGUAUUGGGGACGACCAUGUUUCUGCCGGUGGUUUACAAUUGUGAAGGAACUUUGGUCUAUGUUCUGCCAGGCGAUGACUUCUAUGUACCAGAGCCACACUUGGUCACCGAGAUUAUACCUUUUCCUGGCUCAGCGGAUGAGUUUAGAGCACGUUCACAGCGAUUGCAUCGGUAUGCCUAUGGCGCUUCCAUUAAAAAUUUGGAGCUUAACAUUCCCCCACCCAAUGGACACUUGAGACCGCUAAAAUUCCAGAUGGAACGCCAAAAGCUGUAAUCACAUUCCGCCGUUGCCUGGACAUCGAUGACGAUGGGGGUCACCCUAGCUGCUUAGCUCUGAUAAGAUGCUUACUGUGACCCCUGUCACAAAUUGUUGUUUUCUGAAAUUGUUCUAAGCGGCUUUAGCCGGUCAUCAAAUUAUGUAGACCCCGAGCUCUGGACAGAGGAGCAAUAAUUAUAAUUUUAUAGGCGAAAUU